CUUCCCACACCGCCCUCAGCCGCUCCCUCUCACACUCCGGUCUGAAGAGGAAUCGAGCGCGGAACGCAUCGAUAGCUCUGCCCUCUGCGGCCGCCCGGCCCCGAACUCAUCGGUGUGCUCGGAGCUCGAUUUUCCUAGGCGGCGGCCGCGGCGGCGGAGGCAGCAGCGGCGGCGGCAGUGGCGGCGGCGACGGUGGCGGCGGCUCGGCCAGUACUCCCGGCCCCCGCCAUUUCGGACUGGGAACGAGCGCGGCGCAGGCACUGAAGGCGGCGGCGGGGCGAGGCUCAGCGGCUCCCAGGUGCGGGAGAGAGGCCUGCUGAAAAUGACUGAAUAUAAACUUGUGGUAGUUGGAGCUGGUGGCGUAGGCAAGAGUGCCUUGACGAUACAGCUAAUUCAGAAUCAUUUUGUGGACGAAUAUGAUCCAACAAUAGAGGAUUCCUACAGGAAGCAAGUAGUAAUUGAUGGAGAAACCUGUCUCUUGGAUAUUCUCGACACAGCAGGUCAAGAGGAGUACAGUGCAAUGAGGGACCAGUACAUGAGGACUGGGGAGGGCUUUCUUUGUGUAUUUGCCAUAAAUAAUACUAAAUCAUUUGAAGAUAUUCACCAUUAUAGAGAACAAAUUAAAAGAGUUAAGGACUCCGAAGAUGUACCUAUGGUCCUAGUAGGAAAUAAAUGUGAUUUGCCUUCUAGAACAGUAGACACGAAACAGGCUCAGGACUUAGCAAGAAGCUAUGGAAUUCCAUUUAUUGAAACAUCAGCAAAGACAAGACAGAGAGUGGAGGAUGCUUUUUAUACAUUGGUGAGAGAGAUCCGACAAUACAGAUUGAAAAAAAUCAGCAAAGAAGAAAAGACUCCUGGCUGUGUGAAAAUUAAAAAAUGCAUUAUAAUGUAAUCUGGGUGUUGAUGAUGCCUUCUAUACAUUAGUUCGAGAAAUUCGAAAACAUAAAGAAAAGAUGAGCAAAGAUGGUAAAAAGAAGAAAAAGAAGUCAAAGACAAAGUGUGUAAUUAUGUAAAUACAAUUUGUACUUUUUUCUUAAGGCAUACUAGUAAAAGUGGUAAUUUUUGUACAUUACACUAAAUUAUUAGCAUUUGUUUUAGCAUUACCUAAUUUUUUUUUCCCUGCUCCAUGCAGACUGUUAGCUUUUACCUUAAAUGCUUAUUUUAAAAUGACAGUGGAAAUUUUUUUUUUCCUCUAAGUGCCAGUAUUCCCAGAGUUUUGGUUUUUGAACUAGCAAUGCCUGUGAAAAAGAAACUGAAUACCUAAGAUUUCUGUCUUGGGGUUUUUGGUGCAUGCAGUUGAUUACUUCCUAUUUUUCUUACCAAUUGUGAACGUUGGUGUGAAACAAAUUAAUGAAGCUUUUGAAUCAUCCCUAUUCUGUGUCUUAUCUAGUCCCCUAAAUGGAUUAAUUACUAAUUAUAAUUUCAUUUGAGGCUUUAUAACUGGUUUUACUCAAACAUUGAGGGAACACAAAUUUAUGGGCUUCCUGGUGAUUCUUCUAGGCAUCAUGUCCUAUAGUUUGUCAUCCCUGAUGAAUGUAAAGUUACACUGUUCACAAAGGUUUUGUUUCCCUUUCCACUGCUGUUAGUCAUGGUCACCCUCCCAAAAAUAUUAUAUUUUUUCUAUAAAAAGAAAAAAAAUGGAAAAAAAUUACAAGGCAAUGGAAACUAUUAUAAGGCCAUUUCCUUUUCACAUUAGAUAAAUUACUAUAAAGACUCCUAAUAGCUUUUCCUGUUAAGGCAGACCCAGUAUGAAAUGGGGAGUGUAGCAACCAUUUUGGGGCUAUAUUUACACGCUACUAAAUUUUUAUAAUAAUUGAAAAGAAUUUAACAUGUAUUAAAAAUUAUAGGAAUUAAAUGUAGUCUCCCUGUGUCAGAUUGCUCUUUCAUAGUAUAAUCUUUUCUUCAACUUCAGUCUUUGAAGAUAGUUUUAAGUCUGCUGGUGAUACUAAAGUUUAUUUGGGCCAGUUAUAGCUUAGUAGGUAUUGAAGAGACAAAGGUUGCAAGGCCCAGGCCUUGUGUGAACCUUUGAGCUUUCAUAGAGAGUGUCACAGCAUGGGCUGUGUCCCCACGGUCAUGCAGUGUUGUCAUGCAUUGGUUGGUCAAAAUGGGGAGGGAUUAGGAGAGUCUGGAAUGUGAUCUUGCUGACAAAUCAAGAGCAUCACUUUUGUUUUUAAGAAAACAAACUCUUUUUUAAAAAUUACUUUUAAAUAUUAACUCAAAAGCUGAGAUUUUGGGGUGAUGGUGUGCCAAGACAUUAAUUUGUUUUAAACAAUGAAGUGAAGAAGUUUUAAAAUCUCUAGGUUUGGCUAGUUCUCUUAACACUGGUUAAAUUAACAUUUCAUAAACACUUUUAAAGUCUGAUCCAUAUUUAAGAAUAAUGCUUUAAACAUAAAUAUGAAUAAAAACAAUCCUUUUAAUACAUUUACAAUGUCACUUAUUUUAAAAUAUAUGAAGUGAGAUGGUGUGGUGAGGUGAAAAUAUCACUGGACUAGGAGGAAGGUGACUUAGGUUCUAGAUAGGUGUCUUUUAGGACUCUGAUUUUGAGGAAAUCAUUUGCUAUCCAUUUCUUCAUGUUAAAAGAAGUCAUCUCAAACUCUUAGCUUUUUUACAACUGUGUGAUUUAUAUUCUGUUUACAUAGGAUACACUUAUUUUUCAAGCUGAGCACAAUCUGUAACUUUUUAACCUAUGUUACCAUCUUCAAUGCCAGUCUUGGGCAAAAUUGUGCAAGAGGUGAAGUUUAUAUUUGAAUAUCCAUUCUUGUUUUAGGACUCUCCUUCUGUAUUAGUGUCCUUUUGCCUGCCUGCCGUCCACAUGCCCCAUGACUUGAUGCAGUUUUAAUACUUGUAAUUCCCCUAACCAUAAGAUUUACUGCUCUUGUGGAUAUCUCCAUGAAGGUUUCCCAUUAAGUCACAUCAAAAUUUUGAGCCCUACAUCUUAUUUUCUCAGGGCUGAAAAGAAUCUGACAGAUAUCAUAAUGGGAUUUGACCUUAUAGCUAAUUUUCAGGUGGUUGCUGAUCCUUUGAACAUCUCUUUGCUGCCCAAUUCAUUAGCAACAGUAGGAAUUUUUAAACCUGGUAGGAAUAGACAGACUUUAUCUGAUAGAAGGAUAACUUAAUAAAGAUAGUGCUGAAAUGAUUCCUUAGGUAAUCUAUAACUAGGACUACCCCUGGCAACGGUAAUACAUUCCAUUGUUUUAAUAACCAGACAUCUUCUUAAGAUGAAAAAUACUUAAAUUCAUAAAGCUUAGUUUCUUUUGUUUUGUUUGUUUUUUGAGACAGAGUCUCACUCUGUCACCCAGGCUGGAAUGCAGUGGCGCUAUCUUGGCCCACUGCAACCUCCGUUUCCCAGGCUCAAGUGAUUCUCGUGCCUUGGCCUCCCGAGUAGCUGGGAUUACAGGCAUGUGCCAUCAUGCUUGGCUACUUUUUGUAUUUUUAGUAGAGAUGUGGUUUCACCCUAUUGGCCAGGCUGGUUUUGAACUCCUGACCUCAAGUGAUUUGCCCGCCUCAGCCUCAUAAAGCUGUUUUGCAGAACUCAUUUAUUCAGCAAAUAUUUAUUGAGUGCCUACCAGUUGCCAGUCACUGCACAAGGCACUGGGUAUAUGGUAUCCCCAAGCAAGAGACAUAAUCCCAGUCCUUAGGUAGUGCUAGCAUGGUCUGUAAUAUCUUAGUAAGGCCUUUGGCAUAUGACCCAGAGAUAACACAAUGUGUAUUUUAGUUUUGCAAAGAAGGGGUUUGGUCUCUAAGGUUCUGCCAGUUCUGUAAUUGUUUUGCUAUGAUUCCAGUGCAACUCUUUGGUCGAGCUACUUUAGGUAAAUCACUUCAUUGUUUUAAAGAAAUAAACUUGAUUAUAUUGUUUUUUAUUUGGCAUAACUAUGUGAUUCUAUUGGGACAAUUACUGUACACAUUAAGGUGUAUGCCAGAUACUCAUAUUAAAAUUCCCAAAUGUGUAAUAUUCCAGCUUUCUCCACAUAAUUAAAAUAGACUUAAAAAUCAAUAGUUUUAUCUGGGUACAAAUAAACAGGUGCUGAACUAGUUCACAGACAAGGAAACUUCUAUGUAAAAAUGAUUUCUGAAAUGCUAUGCUAAACUACAGAUCUAUGGGACAUUGUUUAGGUAGGGUGUUAAGACUUAAACAGUACCUCUUGUUUCUGCACAGAAAGAAAUGGCCAUACUUCAGGAACUGCAGUGCUUAUGAGGGGAUAUUUAGGCCUCUUGAAUUUUUGAUGUAGAUGGGCAUUUUUUUUAAGGUAGUGGUAAUUACCUUUUAUUAUGUGAACUUUGAAUGGUUUAACAAAAGGUUUUUGUAGAGAUUUUAAAAAGGGGGGAAGAAUUCUAGAAAUAAAUGUUAUCUAAUUAUUACAGCCUUAAAAAUCCUUGUUGAAGUUUUUAAAAAUUGCUAAAUUACAUAGUCUUAGGCAUUAACAUUUUGUGGAAGAAUAUAGCAGAUAUACUGUAUCAUUUGAGUGAAUAUUCCCAAUUAGGCAUUCUAGGCUCUAUUUUAACUGAGUCACACUGCAUAGGAACUUAGAACCUAACUUUUAUAGGUUAUCAAAACUGUUGCCACCGUUGCACAAUUUUGUCCUAAUAUAUAUAUAAACUGUGGGGCAUGUUAAGUUACAGUUUGCACAAGUUCAUCUCAUUUGUAUUCCAGUGAUUUUUUUUUUUUUCUUCUAACCAUGUUUUCUUCAAACAGUAUCUACACAGUUUAGGGGAUUUUUUUAAAUAGUAAAAACUAUCUGAAGAUUUCCAUUUGUCAAAAAGUAAUGAUUUUUUGAUAAUUAUGUAGUAAUGUUUUUUAGAACCCAGCAGUUACUUUAAAGCUGAAUUUAUAUUUGAUAACUUCUGUGUUAAUACUGAAAAAGCAUGAAUUCUGCAUUGAGAAAUUGAAUAGCAUACAACUGAUAGCUGUCAGAAAAUGAAAAUUUCUUUCUAAAGAUACUCAGAUGAGUUAUUGAGGAAUAGUCAUAACUAGAUUAAGAUUUGUGUUUUAGUUUAAUAGUUUGAAGUGCCUGUUUGGGAUAAUGAUAGGUAAUUUAGAUGAAUUUAGGGAAAAAAAAAAGUUAUCUGCAGAAAUGUUGAGGGCCCAUCUCUCCCCUUUUCCCCCAUUAGAGCUACCUGGGUUACAGUGUUUUAUCCCAAAGUUUCCAAUUCCACUGUCUUGUGUUUUCAUGUUGAAAAUACUUUUGCAUUUUUCCUUUUGAGUGCCAAUUUCUUACUAGUACUAUUUCUUAAUGUAACAUGUUUACCUGGAAUGUAUUUUAACUAUUUUUGUAUAGUGUAAACUGAAACAUGCACAUUUUGUACAUUGUGCUUUCUUUUGUGGGACAUAUGCAGUGUGAUCCAGUUGUUUUCCAUCAUUUGGUUGCGCUGACCUAGGAAUGUUGGUCAUAUCAAACAUUAAAAAUGACCACUCUUUUAAUUGAAAUUAACUUUUAAAUGUUUAUAGGAGUAUGUGCUGUGAAGUGAUCUAAAAUUUGUAAUAUUUUUGUCAUGAACUGUACUACUCCUAAUUAUUGUAAUGUAAUAAAAAUAGUUACAGUGA